CUGUGGUAGUAAAGAGGGUUGGGCUUCCUCCUCAGCCCACUUAUCCCUCAGUUCCUGAGUUUCAUAAUGACAUCUCAGGUCAAAGCCUGGCCUCACAGGUUGCUGCUGCUCCCCUCGUCACUGUCCACCAUGUUCCUGUACCUGCUCUUCCCUCUUCUAAUCAUAAGUAUUGAGGAAUCACAAACAGCCAACAUGACAGUGGAAGAACUGAACAAAGUUGAACGGAACCAAACAUUCAGUGUCUUUCACAAGUCUAACCGUACAAUGAAACCAGGCAAUGUGACAUCUGAUUUUUACAAUACUGUGGAGAGUGAAAUUGAGGACGAACUGCAAAACAACUUAACAUCUACAGCCCUCACAGAGGAUAAUGAGAGUUUUCAGGACCAGGAAAAGGAGUUCCCUCACAGACACUGCCAUCAGGACCAGCUAAUGGAGUUCAGUCGCAUGUAUUGUGAAACAACUUUUCAUCAGGAAAUGAUGACAAUCAGGCCAGAAAACUGGUGUCUCAUGGAAAGUAUCACCAAACCAUACAGUGACUUGACAUAUUGCUUGGAGAAGCUGAGUGAAAUCGUCAGCUGCUAUUACCCGAACCCCAACACUCAAGACAUCUUCCUCUACAUCCACUCCUACUACUUCCACAACUGUACAAAGGAGGAACUCCUGUUUGAGGAUGCACCUCACGGGCUGGUGAUGGCCCUCACACUUAUCCCCGUGAGCCUCAUCCCCUUUAUGGUUUACCUGGUGGUUUGGAAAAGUAAGGUCCAAGAGUGAGUCCUGUUAGACCUGCUGCACCUAAGCUAAACCAUGUUAUACAUGAGAAUAUGCUCCAGAAACUGCUUUAUAUUUUUACAGGACAGAAGUAAUAAAUUGAAAAAAUUCAUUUUGGGAAAUAUACUUGUAGCUUGGAGUGUCAUGUCUAUAUGCUAAAUAUUAUGGCACAGCCAGCAGCUGCUUAGCUUAGCUUAGCUUAGAAUUAAGACUGGAAGCAGGAGGACACGGCCAGCCUGGCUUGGUCCAAAUAUAGGAUAAUUCAGUGUUUUUUUGCUUUUAGAAGUCAUUUUUAGUUGGAAUUGAACAUCUUGUAUAUAACUGGUAGGUGGAUUUUCUUACUUUUGAACAGAGCCAGACUACCAGUUUCCAGUCUUUCUGCUAUGCUAAGCUAACUGUCUCCUGGCUGUAGUUUCAGAUUUAUCAUACAGACAUGAGAGUGGUAUCAGUCUUCAUAUCUAACUCUCUGUCAGAAAGUGAAUGAGCAUAUUCUAGCAUCAUCUAUCUCUAGAUAAAGUUAACUCAACCCUCUAUCAUAUUAGUCUCUGGUAUGUAUGUGCUUUAACUUCUUGCCAAAUAUGGUGUAUAACUCUGGCAAAACAAGCUAAUUGCAUAACAAUAACACACAUGAUUACUUUGGGACUUUCCAGGAAUUGUUUUUCCCGAUUUUGACACACACAGAGCAACAGUCUUCUGGCAAGGUCAGCUUGACCUGUACAACACUCACAUUUACUAAGGUCUCCUAGUCAUGUAGUGGUUACUCAGAUAUACAGGAAAAGUGGGAAAAACAGAGUCGUAUGACUGUCCGCUACAUGCCCCUUUCUGGAACUAAGUGUCUGAAGCUGAAAAUACAGGAGGAAAUGCAUCAUUUUCUGGCUGAAAUAUACUAUAAAUACUGUGCUUGGCAGGGCUUGUUGUAUCACAUUACUAUGUCUUUAAAACACAGUUUUAAAAGUAAAAUAAUCUCUGUCCAUAUUAACAUACCUGGAAACACAUGACCUUUCACAUACACUGUGCAUGCACAUGAUGGUAUAAACAGGAAGUAGUUUGUCUACUGUAGUUUGUUGCUUUGUUGCAGAAAAUACUGCGAGCAAAAUUUGACUGUGCACCAGCUACUAGCAAAGACACUAAACGUGGAUGGGGUCAGUGAGCCUAAAAGUGUCUUGCAAUGAUGCUGUUGUUGUACAGUGGUAAGUCUGACAUGUGGUUUCUUAUUUUUAAUUUAACAGCAAACUUAGGGUUUUUACCGGCAUCAGAAUGACACAUGCAAAGCUGCAAGUAGCAUAGUGAAUCACAAUGAACAAAAAAUGCAUCAUGGAAUCUGUGUUCCUGACACAUUUCUAAUUUCUAAGAAAACUACUCUCACUUAAAUUGCUGUGGUUUCUUCUUGUGUGUGUGUGUGUGUGUGUGUAUUUUUUUUUCUUUUCUUUUUUUUUUUUUGGUUGGUAAAAUAAGAACAUUUUGUCUGUCUUUGUCUGUGCGGGGGUUUCAAGUUAAACAUUAGAAUAAUUUUAGGUGGGAGGUUAGAGAGGUUAGCGUUCUCACAAGUGUAGAAAUGCACUGUAAUCUAUGGUGAUAACAGCUCUGUGAUGUUGCUGGUUCCUGCUGGGUUGUAAAGGAUGCUGAAGAUAAGAGGAGGAGAAUCCAUUAGCACAGAGUCUCACUAACACCGUAUCUGCCUGUUCUCUGUAUGCAGUGGAAUGAAAUUCACACACACACACACACACACACGCACACAAUUUGUGUCAGCCAUGUCAACUAAAACUAAAACCAUGUUGCUUCAUCACACCUACACCACCCAACGCGACAUUGUCGAUCAGCCCACCAGUUUCAGGUCACCCAAACGUGACGUUUCUUUUUUUUUCUUAUUAAUCCUGGGUGUCCCCAGAUUUACAUUGAGCAAAAACAUCAUUGACUGAUUUAUUCGCUUAUAAAAUUGCUGAAUUUACUACAGCAACAAAUAAUCACCAGCCAUCGAAUACACUGAGAACAUUGUUGUUACACAAACAGAAGAUCGUCGCUGUGAAAACAAUGAUGAUCUGCAUUUCCUUUGAGGCUUUACAUGUAUCAGUAACAGCACAUUUUUUCAGCACAUCUCAGUAGUUUCCCAAGGGUGACUCUUUCUGCAGAGAGUAUUGUUUACCUUAUCUUGCAGCCUCUGUUGCAGACUGUUGACACUAGAUGUUCUGCUGAUACUGGUUUGGCAUGUUUGGCAUUUUACCGUCUCUCAAAAUCUGACCAUUAAAUGUAACAGACAUUCAAAAUUUUAGUAACGUCUUGCGUAGGCCACUUUUAGAUGUAUUUUAUGUGCGUAUAUUGACUCCAAUUGGCUUUCAUUCUGCCCCUUAAGGUAAAUAUGUGUCCAGUGAGAUUCUUUAGGUACCAGAUAUUACAUUCAUGGGAUUGUUGAGCAUCUCAUCCCAGUAUUCUGCUGCUCUAACAGCCUUCACUCUUUUGGUUUCACACUUUCCAUCAGAUAUUGGAACCUGGGUGCAGGAAUUUCCUCCCAUUUAGCCACAAGAGCAUUAGCGACAUCCAUCAUUGAUGUUGGGUGAUAAGGUCUGGCUCACAGUCAGUGUCCCAGUUCUUCCACCUCAAACUGGGGAAAAAAAACAUUUAUUUAUGGAGCUGGCUUUGUGCACAGGACCACUGUCAUGUUCAAACAGGAAAGGGACAAACACAAACUGUUGCCAUAAAGUUGGAAACAUUUCAUUGUCUGAAGCUGUUUUGGCUUUUGGUUUUUCAAAAUGAAGCAGUGCUUAUAUUAAUGACGACCUCCCCCGCAUAUUUCUUCAAUGUGUGACCAGUUCAUUGUGUACCCUCCCUAAAUACUUUAGUAGAUUGCACUUAUACACUCUAAUGCAAGCCAGCUCUGCCACAUAUUCUACUUUUACAAAGCUUUAUAAUGGCCUUUUUUUUUUUUUUUGGUAAUUACACCUGUAUGUUUGUUAUUGUGUCAUUGUUAGUGGUGGUGUUGUUCCAGACUGCAUUACACGAUUGUAUUAAGAUAUGUUUUUAAUAUUUAUCCCCCAUUAUGUUUGUAAAUGGGAAGAACAUAAGAACAUUAGAAUCUCUAUAUGAUGCAGUCCAGUUCAACACCACUACAAACUAUAACCUCAUUAAUAAUUUGUAAAGGUCAAUUAUUGUAUUGCAGUAGAAUGUAUAGAUGUACCUAAUCAUGUGACCAUUUACUGUAAUAUAUGUGCCACACUACACAAAUAUGUAGCAAACUGCUCAGUGCACUGAGGACACACUGCCACCUACUGGUUCCAAGUAUGUGUGUGUGUGUGUGUGUAUAUAUAUAUACAUAUAUACACACACACACACACACACACACACACACACAUAUAUAUAUAUAUGUAUGUAUGUAUGUAUGUAUAAAGGCUGGAAAAAGCCACAGAGAAACAUCAAAUAAAUCAUUAAUCUUAUAA